CAGGAAAAACGUAAAUGUUAUGCAACCAUGCAGUGCUUCACGAAAGCGCUACUUUCUCGGAGCAAAACAAAACAACGCCGUUAAAGUUCCAGCUGCGUGUCCACACUUGACACUUUACAGUCUAAAGACCACCCACUUCCCAGCCGAUCACAUCUCUACACAAUUAUGCAGGAGUAACACGGGAAUAACAACGCUGAAUAGCCUACACGGACGGCAUGCCUCUGAAAACGGGUCUGUUAUUCGCACACAGUUGGCACAGAAAUGACUAAAAAUAUCCAGGACUGACUCACUUCAGGACUGUCACAGAGACCUGGGACAAAAUGGCUAGACGGACUUGGAUACAGGCCACUUUUUAUAAGAGAGACUGUGUGAAAUUUCUGCCAGCCUCACGUGAUCAUCACAGGUGUUAUCCAGUGUGUCAAGUGUGCCAAAGCUUAGUGAGAUGCUGUUGUGGGAGGCUUAUUGUGGAGCAUGUGGGUCCUUUCUCUGGUCUCCUGGGACCUGGUCCUGGGUCUGCUGAUGAGGAGGAGUGGUCAGUGACGCGACACACCAGGGUCAGCCCUACCGAUGCUUUUGGAUCGCUGGACUUUCAGGGCAGCACGAAGCGCACGUGUCGUGCCAAGUAUGUGCGUCUUUCCUGUGACACUCCAUCAGAGCACCUGCUUCAGCUGAUGCUGAAAGAGUGGCACAUGGAGAUGCCCAAGCUGGUGAUCUCAGUGCACGGAGGAACAGAUAACUUCUCUCUGUCUCCACGGGUGUGCCAGGCCUUCAGUACAGGCCUCAUACGAGCUGCAGAGAGCACUGGAGCAUGGAUACUCACUGAUGGGAUUAAUAUGGGUGUUUCUAGGUAUGUGGGUGAUGCUGUAAAAGAGUAUGGAUCUCAUGACCACAGGAAGAGGAAUGUUGUAGGAAUCACACCCUGGGGUAUCAUUGAGAAUAAUAGUGACCUUAUUGGCAGAGAUCUUCUCAGGCACUACCAGGCAUUGGGAAAUCCCCUGAGUAAACGUGCCGGUCUGAAUGGCAUGCAUUCACACUUUCUUUUAGCUGAUGAUGGAACUAUGGGUAAAUCGGGAUGUCAGGUAGACCUGAGGAAGAGACUGGAGAGGUACAUACAUUUUCAGAAGAUCCACCCAAGAUUGCAUCAGCAUGUGCCAUUGGUGUGUGUUGUAGUAGAGGGCGGCCCUGCUGUCCUCUCUGUAGUCCUGGAGUAUGUACGCAGAAUUUCACCAGUACCUGUGCUGGUUUUUGAGGGAACAGGCAAAGCAGCAGAUCUGCUGGCUGUAAUACACAAAGAGACAGCUGUAGACAGAAAUUUGGGUUUGGAUAUUAAAGAGGACUUUGUACUGAGGAUUCAGGACAUGUUUACCGUGGAACGACCAGAGGCUACUGAGCUCCUCAACAUACUUAUGGAAUGUAUGGAACACAGAGAGUCUAUCACCAUUUUUGACUCAGAAUCUGAAGAUUUUCAAGAGGCAGACGUUGCUAUUCUCACUACGUCACUGAAAGGUACCAGAGCUUCCCCGGAUGACCAGCUAAGUAUCUCAUUGGCCUGGGACAGAGCUGAUAUCGCGAGGGACAACAUACUGGUGUACGGACAACAAUGGCAGGUAGGAUCUCUCGAGCAGACCAUGUUGGAUGCACUAUUGAUGGACCGAGUCAGUUUUGUGAAGCUGCUCAUCGAGAACGGCAUGACCAUGAGUCACUUCUUGACCAUCUCUCGUUUGGAACAGUUAUACAACAUACAAAAAGGCAGCCCUGAUUAUUUUCUGCGUCAUCUCAUUGAGGAUGCCAGACAGACUCGACUUCCAGCUGUUUAUAAGAUGACUCUGAUAGACAUUGGUAUGGUGAUUGAAUACCUCAUCGGCGGAGCUUAUCGAAGCACGUAUACACGCAAGAGCUUCAGAACAAUGUACAGCCGCUUACACCCUCCAAUGAAGGAGGGUUCCAGCCCUUUCAGCAAGGCCAGGAAAGCAGCAGUAACCCCCGAGACCACCCCACCAAGAUCCCAUUUCUACAGAACCGCUCAGCCUUGGAGACAGGAGGGUGCGGUAGUGCCUCAGGACCUGAAGUCAGACCCGAGCUCCGAGUUUAUAUGCACUUUUAAUGACCUGUUUGUGUGGGCAGUGCUCAAGCAUCGUCAAGAGAUGGCGCUGUUCCUGUGGCAGCAUGGCGAGCAGGCUAUGGCCCGAGCGGUGGUGGCCUGCAAGCUCUACCGGGCCAUGGCAACGGAAGCUAGGGAGAGCAAUAUGGAUGACUGCACAUUUGACGAGCUGAAGAGGAACUCGCUAGAGUUUGGUCAGUUGGCCGUGGAUCUCCUGGACAAAGCCUUCAGAGAGAACGAGCGCAUGGCAAUGAAGUUGCUGACGUGGGAGAUGACGGACUGGAGUAACUUCACUUGUCUGCAGAUGGCUGUUUCGUCCAGACUCAGACCCUUUGUGGCCCACAACUGCACUCAGAUGCUCCUCACAGACUUGUGGAUGGGCCGUCUCAACAUGAGGAAGAACUCCUGGUUUAAGAUUAUUGCCAGUAUCCUGAUGCCUAUGGCCAUUCAGCGGCUAGAGUUUAAGAGUCAAGCAGAGAUGUCCCAUGUUCCUCAGUCCCAGGAGGCUUUGCAGUUUGGUUGGGAACCAGGAAGUCUUGGGACAUCAGAACAAGAAGGGACACCAAAUGCAAUCCCAGGUGAUGAGGAGAGGGGACCCAACUGUCUUCUCACCUGUACCAGAAAGGUGUACGACUUUUACACCGCUCCUGUGGUCAAAUUCUGGUUUCACACAAUGGCGUUCAUGGGCUUCCUUAUGUUGUUCUCUUACACCGUGCUUGUGAAGAUGGAGGAAAAGCCCAACAUUCAAGAAUGUGUGGUCAUAACAUACAUCCUGAGCACGGCAGCAGAGAAAGCUCGAGAGGUGUGGGUAUUGGAACCCAGGAAGUUUAGUAAGAAGCUAAAGGUUUGGUUCAGUGAGUAUUGGAACAUCAAUGACUUCAUGGGAAUCCUCCUGUUCCUUGUUGGAGUCUCCCUACGUUGGCACGAAGAAACACGCUUAGCCAGUCACAUAGUCUAUUCGCUGGAUUUCAUCUUCUGGUCUGUCAGGCUUCUGGACCUGUUUGCUGUGAAUAAACAUGCAGGGCCCUAUCUGACCAUGAUCACCAAAAUGAUGAGUAACAUGUUCUACGUUGUGAUCAUCAUGGCAAUUGUGCUGGUCAGUUUUGGCACAUCCAGAAAGUCAAUCCUGUCACCUAAUGAGGAUCCAUCCUGGAAUCUGCUUAGAGAUGUGGUCUUCCAACCCUACUGGAUGAUCUUUGGGGAGGUGUAUGCUGGAGAGAUUGAUGCCUGUAGUAAACCCGAAACGUGUGUUCCUGGAGCUUUUCUGACCCCCUUCCUGCAGGCCGUCUACCUUUUUGUUCAGUACAUUAUCAUGGUCAAUGUUCUCAUUGCCUUUUUCAACAAUGUUUACUUUGACAUGAGCGCCAUAUCUCGUAAUCUGUGGAAAUACAACCGGUAUCGUUACAUCAUGACCUAUCAGGAGAAGCCGUGGCUGCCGCCUCCUCUCAUCUUUCUUAGUCACGUGACCUUGUGUCUCAGCUCAGUAUGGCAAAAGCACACCAAGGCAUCCAAAAAGGGAAAAACUGGUCUUAAGUUACUUUUGGCACCCGAUGAUCUGAAAAAACUACACGAGUUUGAGGAGAAGUGUGUUGCUGGGUAUUUCAGAGACAAAACAGAGAAUCAACAAAACAGCGAAAUCAACAGGAUUCGCUCCGCAGCUGACAAGACUGAAGAGAUGUCUGGAAUAUUGGUUGAGGUUGCCGAGAAGAUUUAUGUCAUCCAGGAUGACCUGCGCACUUUAGACAAUCACUUGGGUCAGUUGCAGGACUUGUCUGCUUUAGCGGUGGACACUCUUAACCUCAUUUCCGCCUCUGACAAUCAGCAGCAAGAGGUGGCCCGUCUCGGUCAAAGCCAGCCAAUGACGUGCCGGCACGAGCAGUUGUCCCAUAGCUGCUGCCUUCGCAUCGGCGGAAGUGUUGGCCCUAGCCAGGCCCUACUUUCCCCAAAGCACUACUUUAGCACCCCCCCUUCCCUUCUCCGAGGCUUCCGCCCGUCUCUUGAGUUACCACUACGGACCAGCAUUGGAAACAAGGGCAUGCUGGGAUAUCCAGAGGAAGAAGAUGGCGAUGGUUUAAGGUCGUCUCUAAAACGCAGCGGUUCGAGAGGCAUAUCGACGGACUUCACACAUGGAUCUUUACCUCUCUUGUAUGAUGGGUGGAGAAACAAGGGUAUGUAUGGGUCUGGGGAACCAUCACGGACCACUUCUCCCACAAUGCCUUUGAUAAGGGACAUCCUUAUCCAUGAACCUAGUGAUGAGGAUUGCAUGGAGGAAGAUGAUGAGGAUGGCUCACGUGCAGUAUCCAGAGCCUCAAGCCACACAUUCCUACUCUCAGGCUCCCAGAACGAUGAAGAUAGAGCAGUGGGGAUUAGAAACCCAGCAUUUUACAGAAUCGAUGGGGGACGUUCUGGAGCUCCUGGACGUUUAGGCAGUAAUUGGGGAUUUGAGGCUCUAGAGCAGAGCCGCUCUCUCUCGGCCAGUGUGGAGGCUAUGGCCAUGCCUGACACGGAAACGUCAGAGGAGACCGUUAGACGGACACUUUCACCUCCCCACCAGAGAGGAUUUUCCAAGAUCUUCAGGAGGUCAACUGGAAAAAAGUCUGUCAAGACCAAAACAGGAUCUUCAGAGAAUGUGAAACAAGAUGAAUCGCGGAGCUCCAUGCAUGAGUUUGACCCACGCAGAAGAAUGAAGAGGAAAGCAAAGGGCCUGCUUGACCGAAAAUUCAAAACUUCUGUUAGUCUCACCCAGCUUAAUGUUGACCAAGUGGAAUUCACAAAAUUGGCCCCAUCAUGGCUGAACACUAAGAAUCCCGGGCAGCCGCUGCUCAGCAGCUGGGCCAAAUCUAUCAGUCAGAGACCCUCGAUGAGCAGCAUAGCACCAGAAGUUAGGAGCUCUACAUUCAAGUUGACUGAAGAUUUAGGCCAACACUACUCAGCAAUGGAAAGGAACAACCUAAUGAGACUGGCUCACUCCAUACCAUUCACCCCUGUGUCUUUAUUGGGUGGCGAUGAGGUCUGCAUUUAUACGCUGGAGGAGACAGAAGCAGAUUCCUCACAUAAAGAUCAGCUCAGCAUCUCGGCGUGGCUUCAGCACGGUCGUACGGCUGUCCUGCAACCCUUGGCUCACCAAGAGGUGUUGGAUGGUGGUCUACGCAGGGCCACCAAGGUGGUGUGUACGUGGGCUGAGGGUGACGUGUUGAAGCUGGGCUCAGUGUACGUGAUGAAGGCCUUCAGGCCAGAAGUGGUCCGCAUGUGGCAGAAAGUUUUUCCAAACAGCACCUCACUUCAUCUCUGUCUACGGGAGAUCCAACAACAGAGAGCGGCACAAAAACUAAUGCAGAGAUUCAACCAAAUAAAACCCAGCACUGUGUCUCACAGUCCUAGGUUUCUGGAUGUCUCCUUGCUUUAUUGGCACUCAAAUGGCCACUGGAUGACUAUUGAGAAGAACAUGACUGGUCAUUUUAGGAAAUACAACAAUAAUACAGGGGAGGAGAUUUCUCCUUCUUCUUGUCUAGAGGAGACAAUGCUAGCUUUCUCUCAUUGGACAUAUGAAUACACCAAUAAUGAACUGUUAGUGUUGGAUCUCCAAGGUGUGGGAGAAGACCUCACAGAUCCUUCAUUGAUCAGAGUUGAUAAUACAUGCUCCUCUGGUGAGAUGGCGUUUGGACCUGCUAAUUUGGGUGAUGAUGCAAUUCAGAGCUUUGUUGUCAAACACACCUGCAACUUCUGCUGUAAGAAGCUCGGUCUCUCAGAUCUAAGGAGGGGCGGCAGCGAGAGGAAGUCACUUCCUGCCUUUGAUGAGACGAGCAGCACAGUUUAACCUUUGACCUGGAAGUAGACUUAAACAUAUUCACAAAUGCACAGCUCAGUUUCCGAGAGGAAGUCCACGCCCAGCUUAAGUACAGGCUGAAUAUAUAAAGCUGCUUAAAGUGACUAAACAUGACAUACUGUAUUAAUGUUUUUACUGUAGCUGAUGCUGUAAAAGUAAAGGCAAGCAGGCAACUGACAGAAUUUAACACUAAGCAAAGAACUCUCUAAACACUAGGGUGUCUUCACACAUGGUCCUUUUUAGGGGUCUGAGUGCUGUUUGCUGGGGAACCCCUUUAAAGUGAACCAAACCGAGACCUUCUGGGGAGUACGGUUCACUUUUGGGUACCGGUACGGUUCUCUAAAAACGUGCAUUGUGAACACAAAUCACUCCAGGCUCACUUGAUUUUUCCAAUCUGUCUCUCCUAAUAAGUUCAGUAUGUGAGAAGAACUGCAUGCACCAAUAAAGCGCAAUAUAUAUAUUUGAUCUGUGUAAAGCUGUAAAGGGCUGUUCAACACAAUGCGCCAUACAGCAUCAACGCAAUCAUUGAAGCGCAUGAUACCAUAGUUUUGGUAGUAAAACUAUUGUAAUACAAACAGUAAUACGGUAUAUGUCGAACGUCACGUGACCAAACCGGAAAACUUGUUAUUGUUAUUCAUAGUAUUAUUAUUUGUGUUAUGUUCUUUUUAAUUCUAAUAUCUGAAUGUAUGUGAGAGAAAAAUGCCUUUGUCAAAAACUAUAAAGUAAAAAAAAGUUAGUAAAUUUUCUUUUACAUAGGUUUAAGAUGUUAACGAGCAGAUCCACUGUAUAUUGGUUAUUUCAUCUUUGAUAGCUCCUAAAGGCUUCAUGUAUGAAAACAGCACCACGUCAGCGUACAUAAUACAGAACUGGAAGCGAUCUACGCAUAUACCCUAUUAAUGUACUGUAAAAAAUAUGUAGCAUUUUCGGCAAAUCGACAUAUAUUUUUUGUUACUUUAACAUAUAAAAUCAAGUUGAAACAAUUUAACAUCAUUUUUUAAAUUAUGUCAACUUUUUACAUGCCAAAAUCUAAAAUAUUGGGUAGAAUUUUUUAGUUUUUACACCUAUGUUGCAUUUUCACUGUGUGCCAAAAACAUGGUUACUGCACUUUUACUAUAAUAAAACUAUAGUAAAUGUUUCUAGAGGUUGGACUCAAAAAUAAGUGUGAAUAUAGACGUUUUCAGCAGUAACAACAUAAACAGGUGGCGUCCGUGGUCAACACGUAACUUUCGGUUAACUCCGCUAAGAAUAAAUGCAACAAAGUACUUUACACGUAGUUUAUUUAUAUAACAAGCAAAAAAAAACAACACCUAGGAUACCAAAACAUUUGUUAUUUUCGACGAUGUAUUUGUUCAAGAGUUCAGUUUAGCAAAUAGUCAGACCAUUAAACAACUGAAACCGAAAGUAAGGGUCGGACCAGACGGGUAUCGCGUAACCGCACAUGCGUCCGAUGAAACUGUCUAUAAAUAGGUCUGAGACCCUAUUGCUUAAGUGGACCAAAAAUGGAUCUGAGUCCUCUUUCAGGGAGAGAGACAGAGAACGUAAAGAAAACUCUGUCAUUUUUAUUUGGUUCAACUCUUGGUCCACUUUAAAGGCAACAUAUUAUGAAAUCUGACUUUUUUUUCAUGUUUAAAUGCUAUAAUUGGGUCCCCAGUGCUUCUAUCAACCUAGAAAAUGUGAAAAAGAUCAACGCAGUAACUUAGUUUUCGUAAACCAUUCACUGCAAACGUGCAAAAAUAGGUAAUUGAAAUUUGGCUCCCCUUGUGAUGUCAGAAGGGGAUAAUACCACCCCUUAAUCUGCACUAUCCAACCACGGCAUUGCCAUUUAGUGCAGAGAUCAGCUCAUUUGCAUUUUAAAGUACACAACCAAAAACUGCUAAUUUUUGCUCACACCUACAAAGUGGCAAUUUUAACAUGUUAUAAUAAAUUAUCUUGUAUUUUGAGCUAAAACUUCACAUACGUACUCUGGGGAAACCAAAGAUUUAUUUACAUCUUAGUAAAUAGUCUUGUGAAAUGUCCCCUUUAAGAGGUCUCAGUUUGGUUCUCUUAAAAGGGACUCAAGUGUGAAAACACCCUAAUUCAUAAAUGCAUUCAAACGUACACAUGUGCCUUAAUGGGAAAUGCACUGUAUUUGCAUAAAACCAAAGACCUAGGGACGUACCAAUAUAUCAGCCUAUAAUCGGUAUAGGCGGAUAAAAGCAUUUUUUUCUACUAUCGGCGAUCAUUUAAAAACAGCCGAUGAUCAGGUUAAAUUAUAUCCUGCCUAUCAAAAACGCAUCAAAAAUCUGUUUGAUUAUUUUGAAUUGGGUCACAAUGACAACAGAUUUCAUUUAAGGGAUUUCAUGACUUAAUAAUAAAAAAAAACAAGUAGUAGAAAUCAAAAUUAUCAAUAUAUAUAUAUCAUAUCAAAAGAUGCCAUUCUAAGUAAUCAAAAAUGAUGUAUCGGUGCAUCCCUAGACACAACACUAUAGUAUUGCUGGUAUGUAACUGACUGUUUUUACUGUAUAUAGAUGUAUACAGUAUGUAUAUACACCAUUCUUUUUUAUACUAAUUGCAGUAUUUCAGACAUCUGUUAUUUUUUUAAGUCUAUGCAAACAAAUGUAUAACGUGCAUUUUAGAAGAGAAAUAAAUGGCAGUUUAUUCGACUGAACAAGAAACACA